AUGCUUCAACUGUCACUUCCAUGUGUCUCAUGUUUGACUGUUCAAUCAAACAUUCACAGUAUUAAUAUUGUCAAUAUAUGUGAUGCUUCUAUUCUUCGUACAACAUUUCGUCCACACAUCAUAUUCAUUAUUCAGCUAAACAUCAAAUUGCAUGAUAUGUUGUUUACUCGAAAUUCAUGUAUUGAUUAUUUUAGGCUACCACAUCAUCAACAACAUUAUGUUCAGUGUGUAUUACUGCAAAGACAAAAUAAUGUGAUUCGCAUGUGUCCACCAUCCUCCAAAUCUAUCAUUCAUAACAAUCAUGCCAGUAGAGUGUGUGACAAACACACGCGAAUUUAA